AUGCCCGCCUUGUUCGACCACGUCGGCGCGGCGUCGAGCGCUGGUAUCGAUGGAUCAUCCAACGCGUUCGGUGCGCGAACGUCGAUCGCGUGCGAGGACGAGCGAGGCGCGGUGUACGUUUUAAACGCUCGAGGAGAGCUUCGAUCGGCGCUCGGUCGAGAUUUAGUUCGAUACGCCCACGAUCCAGACUUUGACGGCACGGAAAUCGCGGUGACGAAGCAUGCGAUCGCGUACGAGCGCGCGUUCACCGCUGAGCGAGCGUGCGUGAGCGCGAGCGGGAGGCACUGCUGUGUGAGCGGCGAGCGGGACGAGGGUUCGGGCGCGCGCGAGACGGCGGCGUGCUACGUCGCGUGUCUCUCGGCUGGGUCCACGCGAUCGACCAUGAACGAAUCUGCGAGCGCGAGCGAUGGCGUAUCGGAGGAACGGCAGUGCGUCGCCGUGGGAGUGUGCGAGGAAGAGUUCGAGGCGGUACCGAGCGUGCGAGUGGCGCGGUGCGAGUGGCAUCCGAGCGCGGACUCGACGCUGGCAAUGCUCACGACGGAUGGAGUGUUCCGAUUGAUCAACUGCGAUGACAUCGCGGGCGGAGGAGUACCCGUGGUGGAGCGGUGCUGGAGACUCGACCUCACGGGGACGUUUCCCGAGGCGUCACCGCUGCGACCCGACGUGGUCGAUUUUGCCUUCGCUCCGAAAAACGCUUGGGGAGCAUUCACGGUGUAUUUUCUCGCCAAGAGCGGCGAUGUGCACGCGAUGUGUCCGGUGGUACCUCGAGGGGCAAAGUAUCCUCGAGUGAUGCUUAAAACUUUAAAGGUUAAGACGGAAAAGGAGGCUGAGUGGUUGAGCGAGACGUUUCCCAACCUCGGCGAUGCGCACGUACCCAUGCUCACGGCGCACGUCAAGCGUGAAGAAGGAAGGCCCGUGGCUCUGCAAGGCCCGCUGCCUCGAACUGUGUCAUUGUCAUCGAAAGGUACCACUGAGGGAGACGACGCGCUCAGCCUCGCGGUUUCGCCGCCGCUUUACAACGUCGACGGGGGAGGAACCAUGGCGACGCUGCAUGCAAGUGCAGUGCACGUGCACGUCAUACCGUGUGAUGUGAGACCAUCUUGGUGUGAUGGACCGCACAAAAACAUGCGUGGAUACACAUAUGUGAUGAGCGAUUCCUUUUCCUCCGCUCCAGACCUUCCCACUUUGCUCACGGUCGAUACGAUUCGCCUGAGCGCGGUCCCGGGAGAGCAAAGUUUGGCGAAGGUAAAAUUUGCCGACGUCUCGUGGGACCCCGCCCUUCGAGAGCGCAUCUUCGUGUGCGUGAACGGAAACGUGCACUCGAUCGUGCUCACGUGGCUUCCUACGCUCGAAGCCGCGAUCGAGGAUGCUGUGGACGAGAACCAUCCCGAUCCUGAGGCGUUGCCGAUGCCUCAGGUGACUGCGCUUUGCGACUAUGCAAUUCCCUUCGCAGGCAUUCGCCCGCUCGGUGAUCCCCUGGCUGAGGGCGUCGUCGUCGCCAUUCGAAAUGAUGGGGCACAUAGAAUGCUAAUCCCGCCGCCCGUGAGCGUCAUCGCCGAGGCGAACAGUAGCUUACUUCCUUACAGCCCGUCCACGUCUGCUAUCGCCGUACAGCCGCAGACGCUCGAAGCAGGCUCAAGGAGUGAGCUCCAAGCCUUGUCCGAGGGUAUUCAAAAGGAUAGGAUGAAAUCAAUCGAACAAAUAAUGCAGGAAUGCGGGAUCACGUCGGACAUGAAGACGGGCGAUCCGGGAUCGAACGAGGCGUUGGCAAAGUGCGCGAGCUCGUUGAAGGAAAUUUAUGUCGACUAUGCGAGGGACGUUCAUGACGAGGUACGCACGACGUCGCUUCGUCUGACAGCAGAGAUCAAGAGACAGAAGGAAGAGGUCACGGCGCUAUUAGCAAGUGCGAACGACGCCGUCGAACGUCACAAUGCGCUCGUCGAGCGCGUUGAGUCCGCGGCGAAGACACACAAAAAUAUUCGCGAGCGGCUCAGAACUCUUGCUGAGAAGGAAAAGACGAUCCCACAUCCUCUCUCGAAGGCGGAAAAACUUCUGAAGGCACAAAUGGAGGCAUUUGAGGCCGAUUUGCCUCUCCUGAAACAACGUGUCGACGAACUAAAGGAGCGAGCGGCGAUCGCGACCGAGAGAGACGACGACGACAUUGGUUACGUGGGUUCACGUCGCGUUGGAGCCGCGGCGAACGGCGACAGCGUCGAGUGUGGUGAAGAGGAACGUAAAGUUUCGAAGGCUCUGGCGGCACAGGACGAGAUGAUCAAAGAAAAUGCCGCCAAGGCGAAGCUCCUGGAAGAACUAUUAGAAGAAUACUUGUAA